AUGACUUCAAGAAAAGUUAAUGCCAUCACUCGAAAAAAUCCUCUGGAGAAACCUUAUAGAACGUUAGUAUCAAUAAUAGAAGACCAAGAAAGCUCCUCUGCCAUAAAAUUUGCCGCUAAAACAAAUAUAAAUUUAUCUCUUAUGUCAAACGAACUCAAACCACCAGUUCCAUAUUCUCAAUCUGUAUCAUUUCGAUUAAAUCCUACUAGUCCUUCACCAUCAACGCCAACGCUAGCACCAGCAUCAACGCGACCACUAACACCAACGCGAUCUGUAACACCAACAAAAAUGCGACCGCCAACACCAACACGAUCUCCAGCAUCAACGCGACCGCCAACACCAACGCCAACAUCAAUACCAACAUCGUUAUCAACGAUAAUAACCGUCGAACCCGCUAAUAAAAGUUUCAAAACAGAAUUUUAUUAUAAUCCAAAACUUCAAGAAAAAAUCAACCGAUUCGAACCAAAAUUACAUGUAGAUCUAUCUUAUUGUUCUCUUAUCGAUCAAGACAUAUCGAUGAUCGUUAGUCAAAUCGUGGUUGCAAAAAAAUGUACAGAACUUUGGUUAUAUGGAAAUAAGAUAACAUCAAAGGGUGUAUCGAUAUUAGCAAAAAGUUUAAUAAACAAUUCAACAUUACAAAGUCUUGAUCUCUCUUUCAAUCAAAUCUAUGAUGUUGGUGUGUUUGAAUUAACUCAAGCACUCUCAGUAAAUCAAAAGUCAUCUCUUAGGUUUCUUUAUCUCAGUAAAAAUGGUAUUGCAAAUGAUGGAGCAAGUUAUUUGUCUGAAAUGCUGAAAACAAAUCGGAGUUUAAAAGAAUUAUGGUUAUCAAAUAAUGAAGUUGGUGAUGAAGGUGUAAAAAAGUUAGCUAAUGCAUUAGCUUAUUAUGAUAAAAAAUUGAAAUUUUUAUCUCUAUCAAUGAACAUAUUCAUAACAGAUUUAUGUAUUGAUAGCCUUAUUGAAAUGCUUGAACAUAAUCAAACAUUAAAAGAAUUAUGGAUCGAAGAUUGUAAUUUAACGGAGCAAGGAAAGAAGAGACUUCAAGAAAAAGUAGAUCGAAAGAAAAAUUUUAAAAUUUAUCUGUAA